AUGCAGGUGUCAUUGGACAACAUCAGGAAGAGGGUGAGGAAUAACUCCUACCAGGACCUGAGGGGUGAGGAGCCGGAGGGGCCCAGUGAUAAAGGGUCCUGUCCAACAUUCAACGCAGCCAGGAGGGCAAGUGAGCCGGGGAAAGUCACCAUGGCGGCCGUGGCACCGUUCAGAUUCAGGUGGUUUCAAGUUCAGGAGGAAAGGACGUCCUCUGCUGGAAUGAAUCUGAGUGUCUGCUCCUCGGACUCCAGGGAUGUCUGCUGCGGACGAGUCUCGGUGGAGGCUCGGCUUAAACGAAGGCGGCACAAGGGAGGGCUGCUGCCAGAGGAGAGGGAGAAAAGAGGAAAGGAGGACUGGAGGAGAGGGGGAGAAGGGGGGAUAGACGGAGGCAGCUCUGCAACAGCUGCAGCCGCCAGAGGAGCACACGGGCGACUGCUCGGAUCGUCUCUUUUGCAUAAGGUUAAAGCAGGGCUGCGUUUCUCCCUGCUGAUGCUGCUGUGUCUGCCCUGA